UAGUGGGGAGGGGCAGAGGGCGAGGGAAAGAGAGAGCCUCAAGCAUACUGAGUGCAGAGCCCGAUGUAGGGGUGGAUCUCAGGACCCUGAGAGAUAGGACCUAAGCCAAACCAAGAGUUGGGGCUUAACUGACUGCCCCACCCAGGUGCCCCUAUUCUUUCACUCCAUAAGUGUGUGUUGGGCCACUGUGCUGUGCGGGGCACGGUGCUAUCUCAGACACCAAGGAAGCACAGUCCCUGCCUUUGUGGGCUGUGACCUAGUCAAUGCACGAUCCUAAUCAAGUGAGCUCCCAGUAAAUGUGAAUGGCCACCUGUGUGAAGGGCUGUGGACCAAGGGCCUGCGAUCCCAUGGAGGGUGUGUGGCUGCAGCGUUGGCAGUGUGAAGGUCAGAAAAAGCUGCCCUCGAAGUCGGGGGAGUCCUGGAGGAUGAGCAAGGAGUUACACGGGAAGGAGGAGCAGCGGGGCGGGUUCCAGGCAGAGGUAAUUGCACGAACCCUAGCGGUUCCAGGUAUUAGCCCCGCCCCUGAGCACAGAGGAGGGGCGGGGAGUGGAGGAGGUCUGAGAGGAGAGCUAGGGAAGGGCUCCGAAGGAGCUCCGCGGAGUUUGAUGUUCCUUCUAGAAAGUGUGGACAGUGCGGGCGAGGGAGCCUGGCAAGGGAGCCUGAACUAAAGGCAGCAGAAGCAGAUGCAGCAGCGGGGAGCGCAGCGAGUGCUCUGGUGUGCCGAACGCGCACUCACUUCAGCCACCGCUCCGGACCUUUGAGCUUCACCCUCCCCCUCCAUCUCGGCACCUCCCCAAUCCCCGCCUUCCCGCAAACGAGGGUACAGGUGCAGCUAGCACACAAGCUAACCUACAGGUUUUGUCCUCACUCCUGUUUUAGAGGUGAGGAAAGUGGGUCCCGGAUAGGGUAGGUGGCUAACCUGCGGCCACGCAGUCAGGACAUGCCUGAGGCACGGGGCUCCAGAGCACCAGACCCCCUCAGUUCAGGACCGUCCUCUCGUGCCUCACUAAGAUCCUGGGCAACCAGCAGAUCUUUAAAUCUGGGGAAUAGUUUCUAGGAGAGGUGCCAGUGAGGGACCCUAUGGCAAUCUUGAUCCAUGAUUUGCGAAGAGAUCCACAAGUCUUGAACCUUUCCAAGAGCCGUAACUGUGGGAUUGGUGCGGAGAGGGGACAGCGUCUAGACUGUAGGUUGUGCUGACGGCGUGGAGCUAAAAACCAGCGCUUUGAGAGGCAGUGAGGGUAAUCCUCACAGCCAGAAUAUCAGCAGCAGGCUCACCCACGACACCGUGGAGCAUGUGCGCUACAGGAUUCUGGCGCACUUCCACACCUCCCCAGAGGACUACAGCGUCAUUUUCACAGCAGGGAGCACAGCUGCUCUUAAACUUGUGGCAGAGGCCUUCCCGUGGGUGUCCCCCGGCCCAGAGAGCAGCGGGAGCCGGUUCUGUUACCUCACGGACAGCCACACCUCCGUGGUGGGCAUGAGGAAGGUCACCAUGGCCAUGAACGUCACCUCUGUCCCCGUCAGGCCAGAGGACAUGUGGUCGGCAGAGACUCGGGGCAUGGAUGCCAGUGUCCCCGACAGCCAACUUCCACAUCUUUUUUGUUACCCCGCACAGAGUAAUUUUUCUGGAACCAGAUACCCCCUGUCCUGGAUAGGAGAGGUCAAGUCUGGGCGGAGGUGCCCGGUGACCGUGCCCGGGAAGUGGUUCGUGCUGCUCGAUGCGGCCUCCUACGUGAGCACCUCCCCUUUGGACCUGUCGGUUCACCAGGCCGACUUUGUCCCCCUGUCCUUCUAUAAGAUCUUUGGAUUCCCCACCGGCCUGGGUGCUCUGCUGGUGAAUAAUCGUGUGGCUCCUCUGCUGAGGAAAACCUACUUUGGAGGGGGCACAGCCGCUGCGUACCUCGCAGGGGAAGACUUCUACAUCCCACGGCGCUCGGUGGCUGAAAGGUUUGAAGAUGGCACCAUCUCGUUCCUUGACGUGAUAGCACUAAAACAUGGAUUUGAUGCCCUCGAGCGCCUCACAGGUGGGAUGGAGAAUAUAAAGCAGCACACCUUCACCCUGGCUCAGUACACUUACACGGCCCUGUCUGCUCUCCGGUACCCCAGUGGAGCCCCCGUGGUGCGGAUUUACAGUGACUCUGAAUUCAGCAGCCCGGAGGUGCAGGGUCCAGUCAUCAAUUUUAAUGUGCUCGACCCCAGUGGGAACAUCAUCGGUUAUUCCCAGGUGGAUAAAAUGGCCAGUCUUUACAACAUCCACCUGCGAACUGGCUGCUUCUGCAACACUGGGGCCUGCCAGAGGCACCUGGGGAUAAGCGACGAGAUGGUCAAGAAGCAUCUUCAGGCCGGUCAUGUCUGUGGAGACGAUGUAGACAUCAUAGACGGGCAGCCUACAGGGUCUGUGAGGAUUUCCUUUGGAUACAUGUCUACACUUGAGGAUGCCCAGGCCUUUCUCAGGUUCAUCAUAGCAAUGCAACUGCACCAGUCUGAUGGCCAGCCUCUCCCUCAGACCACCCCUAGGGAGGCUGGAGCUGUGUCAGAGAGCGAGGCUCUGGAUGCCAGGCUGAUCACUGUGGACACAUGUAGUCCCUCACCUCAGGAAGAUGUCCGCACAGCCUCCGGGGUUGGCGACGACUCGCCUAGCACUGUGGAUGCAGGGGGUUCGUACCCACAUCCGCCAACAACCACCGGAACCCAGGAGACCCCUCCAGAGAAAGCAGCAGGAGCCCUGCAUGGGGGCCUUGGGCCACAUGUCAUCACCAAUCUUUACCUCUACCCAAUCAAAUCCUGUGCUGCAUUUGAGGUGACCAAGUGGCCUCUAGGAAAUCAAGGGCUGCUGUAUGACCGGAGUUGGAUGGUUGUGAACCACAAUGGUGUGUGCCUGAGUCAGAAGCAGGAGCCCCGGCUCUGCCUGAUCCAGCCCUUCAUUGACCUGCAGCAAAAGGUCAUGGUCAUCAGAGCCAAAGGGAUGGAGCCUAUAGAGGUGCCUCUUGAGGAAAAUGAACAGGCUCAGGUUUGCCAAAGCAAGGUCUGUGCGGACAGGGUAAAUACUUACAACUGUGGAGAAAAAAUUUCUAGCUGGUUGUCAAGGUUUUUUGGCCGACCAUGUCAAUUGAUCAAACAAAGUUCAGACUUUCAAAGAAGUGCAAAGAUACGGGGCAAAGAUCAGUCUGCUGGUGCAACAGCCACCCUUUCUCUGGUGAACGAAGCACAGUAUUUGCUGAUAAACAGAUCUAGUGUGCUGGAGCUCUGGCAGCAGUUAAACGCCAGUGAUGAGAAUGGAAAGGAGGAAUUAUUCUCAAUGGAAGACCUCAUCUCACGGUUCCGUGCCAAUAUUAUUACCAACGGAACAAGGGCUUUUGAAGAAGAGAAGUGGGAUGAGAUUUCAAUUGGUUCCUUGCAUUUCCAGGUUUCAGGGCCUUGUCACAGAUGCCAGAUAAUUUGCAUCGACCAGCAAACAGGGCAGCGAAACCAAAAUGUUUUCCAAAAACUUUCUGAGAGUCGCGAAAGAAAGGUGAACUUUGGAGUGUACCUGAUGCAUAUGUCUUUAGACUUGUCUUCCCCACAUUUCCUGUCUGUAGGAUCUCAGGUGCUCCCUGUGUUGAAAGAAAAUGCAAAGCACCAUGAUUUACCUGCUUCUGACUAACAUCAAGAUGUUGCCUCCUAAAAAGUUUUUUCAGCAUAAAUUAAAAUUUCUCUUUUACAA